UUGACCUGUCUAUUUCCAAAAUGUGGCAAAAUCUGCAUGCUCACCUCUAAAUCUAGAGAGACUUUUUAUUCUAAUCAACAGAUUUUCUGGAGACUGUAAUUGCAAAGCCCUUUAAAAUUGUCAAGUGUAGUUCCUGUCAUUUUCAGUUUUAUACCCCAUUUCUAUACAUCAGCAGAAAAACAAAUGGAAUUGAUCAAAAGAACUGAUACUGAAAGCAUUCUCUACACAUCAGUGUAGCCCCAUGUCAGUAUAGUUUAGUAUAGUUACGUUUUUCUUAAUUCAAGUUACUUAUGAAUUGGAAAGGUGUUUCCAAGAGGAAUUGUACUCGAGAUCUUACUUUCAAGUCACAAUCCACCUCUGGUUUUUUUUUUUGGGGGGGGGAAUGAUUCAAUACCUUCAUGUAGGCAUUUACCAGAUUGUCAUCUUGAUGUUAGCAAUCUCACCUGUUGCAUUUUGAAAAUGAUGGAUUUUUUUCAUAUUUGCUCCUUUUCAUUUUCGAGAGGAGAAAGAAAGUUGUGCAAUCAGUAGGGAAUUUCAGACCUCAUUUGUAACAAAAGUACCCAGCCAAUUCCAAAUCAAAUGCAGCUGUGUAAACACGCGCUGUGGGACCUGGCUACUGGAUAGCAGACAAUCAUCUCAUUAGUUCAUUUCAAAUAAGCUUCCCUAAACCUGCUGUUUUCGGUCCAGGGUUUUCUAUUUCAUGCUCAGAUUUAGUUUGGUCACAAAUUGUCUCCCGUGCAUUCCAACCUCUUUUUUAGCGUACGGAGGACACUUGAUAUUUCUGCUAGCCAAUUUGUUUUAAAGUCAUCUUUUGUUUAGUUCUUUCACAGUGCUUGCAUGAUUAAUUCACCUUUUGCAUCCAGCUCAUUUGGAAUUUGAGUGGCAGAAAGUCCAGACGUUGCUUUUGUCAUGCUAGGCCCAUAUUAUGAGGGUCAAUUUGUCUGGCAGGUGGAAAACUUAGAUUUUGUGUAAAAGAAUACAAUUUCUUAAAAGAUGAAGAUGCAUUUUCCUUCCUUGAAAGACAGCAAUGAUAAAACAGGUAGUUAUGUAACACUUUGAAUAAGAUCAAAGCGCUUUACAAAGAAAACAGUUAACAGAGAGAUCAGUAAACACCUAAAAAUGUACAGAUUACUGAGGAGACUGGCUAAAUAGGUGAAUUUUGAACAAUUCUUUUGACAGUCUGAUUUGAUGUGGAGUUUUUUGAGACCUACCAUGGAAAAGGUUUUGUCACCAGUAGUUUUUUUGUAUUGAUUGUCACGUGCAAAGGGAUGUUUGCAUCAGAUGAAGACCUUAGAAUCCCUUUUCUCCGGCUAUGUGAUUGAUGCAGAAACAGUAGGUCUGUUAGAUAUGAGUGUGAUGAGCCAUGUUGGAAUUUAAACACAUUUAGAAGCAAUGGGUAUCAUCACAUUGUUAACUGCUGUAUUUAAAUUAUAUCUUGGACUUGAUUUUUGGAGGAAUUAGGAGGGGCAGAUUCUUAUAUUUCCCACCCUCAGUUCGACAAUCUUUGAAAAUCCAGCUGGCGGUACUGUACCUCUGUGUGAAAGAGACCAGCACAAAGCCCUACAUUAUUUAUUAGGAUUAUAUUCUCCUCUUUCCACUUUACAUAGCUGCCAACAUAAACAAAGCGUUGAACGUGAGCAUACAUAUCCCUGUACUGGAAACCUGUUUCAGACACGAAAUAAUGUCUUACUUGCAUAAAACACAUAUGAAAUGAUUUUUUUUACGAGAAAUGAGCUUGCAGAGCAAUGUAUCUCUUCUAUGUAUGGGUCUCAAGUCAUAUGAGUACAAGAUGGGAGAUGACAAACAUGAGGGUACCGGCCCACCUGCACCUCUCCAGAACAACUCAGGCAGCACCGACCUUGAAUGGACCCCGCAGACCAUAGUAGCAGUGGUCAGUGUUUCGCUGCUGACGGUCGUGACAGUUUUUGGAAAUAUCCUGGUCAUUGUGGCGGUGGUUAAAUACAAGCGACUGCAGAUCCCAUCCAACUACAUUCUGGUCAACAUGGCAGCUGCUGAUAUCUGGGUGGCUGUAUUUGCGCCCCUGGUGUUUGUGAUUGAGCUGCUGGGUUACCUCGUGACCAGCGCCUACCUGUGCCUCUUGCCCUACUGCCUGGUGACGCUGGGGUGCGGUGUGUCCUUGCUGGGUCUUGGAGUCAUCGCCUACGACCGGUACGCUGCCCUGGUGAAACCACUUAAGUACUACCAGCACAUAACGACAAGACGUGUCCUGUGUUUCUCCCUCAUGAUCUGGAUGUAUGUUUUCAUUGUCGCCUUCGCACCACUGGUGUGGCACGCCCUUGCGGAAAGCCAGUUGGAGGAGAAGCCGAAGUGUACCUUUUAUCUCCUGUCCAAGUACGUCAUGCUGAUUCAAGUGUUAUUAGUAUUUGUGCCUGCGUUCCUGUUCAUGAUUGGCUGCUACUGCCGGGUCAUGCUGGUCGCUAGGCACCACUCCCGUGCCAUCUCGGCCAUUCAGCUUUCUCUUUUCCCCAACUCCUUCAGCAAGAACUUUCACAUGUUCAAGGGCACCAAGUACUCACGGACAUUACUGAUCAUUCUUGGAUUCUUCUUCCUGACCUGGGUGACUUUCUCUGUAACGUUACUUGUGGAACGUUUCUGUGACGUUUGUAGUGAGACCCUUCCGUUGCAUCAAUACUCUGUCUUUCUCAUCUUCACAAACAGUUGCCUUAACCCGUGGAUCUAUGCUUAUCGGAACCAGGACUUCAAGGCCGCCUACCGACGGCUUUUCCGCACUCUCUGCUGCGGAAAGAAGAGUCCGCGGUCGUCGGCUCAAGGCACCGAGGGCCGGCGAAACUCCCGGGUGUCCGAGGCUCUCAGCAGGACAAACAGUAUGGUUGGGGGGCUCCAGCACUUGCAUGUCUUAUACAACAAUGCUGACAUUGUUCCCUCAACAGUUGCCGUGGAAACUGGUCAGUUGGACUCCAAAAUUUCUUCCAGGGUGACACCCAAACUGAUUCAGCACACUAUGAGUAAGCCAGUUGUUGAGACCGUCGCAGAAGAAGUGUCAGUUAUGUAAAAGUGCCAAAGAAAAGGCAUAUUUUUAUUUGGUAUUUUGUGUCUUUGGAAGACCUCUUAGAGUCUUACAACUUGCCAAAAUGUAUGUGAGCCUUGUGACACCAUAGUCAUGGUGUCUCCCAAGGUUAUUCUGAACACAGUAUCUCACAGACAUUACCUCAGGUGAGAUUAUUCAACCUCUUGGUGGAUGAAUACGCAUCUCUUAGGUGUACAAACGACCUUAUCUCACACCACAGUUAAAAAAUGUUAAACAUUAUUGAAUAAGGGAAUAAUUAUAUGCUUUGCUGGUCUUAAACGUUACCGGCCCUAAAUGUUACCGGCCAAGUACAUAUUUAUUCCCAUUCAUUAAUACUUUUUUAGUCAGAGAAACAAAAGAAGCCAAUAAUAAUUGAUUUUCAAUGAUUUUGUUCUAGAAUUUACUUUCAUUUUCCUGAACACCCCCCAUCCAUUUUAUGGUAUAAUCCUUUACAAGUUGUCCAAUAGAAUUUCCUUCUAGGGACUUUGGCGCACACUUGGCAAGCCGUGUGCACACAGACACUUGACCAAUCCGAAUUGAUUAAACUAUCUCGUACCUAAGUACCAGUGCAUGAUUUACGCAGCAGGCAUUAUCAAAUGUUAACGGUAUUUAUGAAUAAGGAACAUAAGGUUUUAAUGCUAGAAAACCAAACUCUUGUUAGAUAGUAUGCUUCUUGAAUGAUAGACAAAUAAAUGUUCUUAGGCUUUUGAAAUGAAAAUGUUGGUUUAUUCGGAUUAUUAGGUAGAAGGAACUGGAAUUUCCCAAAUCAAGGUAUUUUCUAAGAUAGAUACAUCCAUUAAGACUCAGUUGAAGAAACACUGUAAGCAGGGAGGUCAUGGGUUCGAGUCUCACCGGAGUAAAGGCCGGUUCAUGUUUGGCACAAAUAUGAACACAAAUGUGAAUUUGUGACGUCAGAUCAAAUAUUCACUCUGUGAAUUUGCAAAAGUUGAACACGUUUCAACUCGGGCUAAAUUUUGCCGCACAUUUUUUGUGUGACAUUAAAUUCGCUUCAUUUUCAUAGUCACCUGAAAUAUGAACCAGCCAUAAGCCUGUGAUACUUUUCGCGAGGUCUCACACAACACCAAGCACAGAUACGUCAGUGUAAGGGCAAAACCCAUAAUUAAAACAAGGAAGGCGCACGGAUUUAAACUUUUGAGUGCAGCUAAAAUGUAUGUUGAAGCACUUAUCGGUAUUAAAUGCAAUAUAUUAUUAGUAUGAUUUAUUAUAACCUCUACAAAUCUAGCAUUGCUGAAAAAAAUUAAAGUGUUCAGUUCUUCGGGGGGGGGGUUAGUUUGUAGCUAUGCUCCAGUCUACCAACUCUCAAACAGUUUUCUGUUAAGGCUUCUUCAGAACCUUGAUUUUUUUUUCAAGCAGCUGUGGAAAAAGUUGCUGUUGCCAACAUACUAAACUCAACUAGCAAGCUUCUAACUGUGAUAACUUGUUUAGAGUGUUCGUAAACUGAUUUUGAAAAUUUGUGAAUUUGUAAUGUAUUACUUACAUGCCUCACGCUUCACUGACCCCCGGAAAGUAGAUAACUUUAGACGUUUUCUCCAAACAUUCCCUACAUAAACAAAACUUUCUACCUCUCAUUUGAUUAUCAAGUGUUGAAAAAGUGUACGUGUACAAAAGCAGAAUCGGGUUACGCUUAGAUUUCAUUUCUAUUUUUAAAUCAGUUGUUUAUUAUGGAUCUCGGAGGGGCAGAGCGCUACUUCAGUAGUUGAGUCUGACUACUUUUUCAGUGUCUCCUCUGUCUGCAGCUGUCUGCUGUGGCAUUUUGAAAGGCUUUUUUUGUUCAGAAGAGCAUUAUCGUUUAUCAGGAAACAGCCAUGAUGUGACAUUGCUUUCCGGUUUUAUACCAGCUGCCGACAGAACCCCCCUAAUUGACUUGAAUCAGGGGGUAACCUCGAAUACCUCCGGUAUCUCAUUGGAGGUCACUGUCUUUCCGUUUUCCUGGCCAUGCCGGAGAAACGGGAAAGCAGAUGUCUGAUACAUGGACGAGAUCAAUUCUGCAAGCUGGUUGUGGGCGUGACGCUACUAGCGAAAGUGAUUCACUGCUUUUGUACGAGGAUUUUGAUUUGAAUGCUCAUUGGAAAAGUUUGAGAGGAUUCUCCGCACUUUUGUCGUCGAUACUGUUUCACCAUUUUUUCGUUGUCGUAGUUUUUCUUUUUUUUCCCCGUAUUUUUUUCCUUGCGUCUGCGUUUUGCACGCCUGUCUGGCUUUGUGAUGUUUGUUUUGCUUCCCCAACGAAGCCUCUUCUCAUCAAAUCACUCGGAAUAACUUGGAACAUUCUAAUCCACUGGCUGACAUAACUGACACAAUAUGAAUGGUUCCGCCUUUUUGUUCUUCUUUACGUUUUUGUGUGAUUCAUCACACAAGUCUGUAGCAUAAUACACAAAUUGUGCCAUUUAUCCUGGCAAUGUUCUAAUUUUCACCCGUUACUUCUUCGUGGAUCGUCGAACAAUGGUUGUAAUGAGUAAAGAGAAAACUAAUUAAAAGAAAGGGCAAGCAUCACUUAAAAUGACAGUAAUGUACCUUUUCCUGUAAGGUGAGGCACGCGGAAUGGUAAAACAAGCCGAGCAAAUUAAGUGGACGCGUUUCCAUGAACGAAACAUUGGCACCACCCUGGUAAUCUAUCUUUCGUUCGGGCCCUUCCACCUCAGCUCAAGUCACCGAUCGGAAUUCCCAGCAAUAAAAGUCUGCUUUGACGUUGUCUUAGUAACUCGAUCCCCAGACUAUGUGAUCUACCAGAAUUCGGGGAUAUAAUUUGGCCGACUCGGUGUUUGGCUUGCCUAUGAUAUUCCUCAUCCCUUGCGGGUUGUUCCAUACAUACAGCACGGCUGUGAACUCUCGCUUACGAAGCAACGUCGUCAGCAUAGGUCACACGCGGUCAGUUGAUCUCGUAUUUCUUCUUUCGGGGUAAAGUCCGCACAAACCUCAUGCCAGAAAAUACUACAUGUAUUUCUCUAGCUUCUAGGGGACGGUAAACAAAGUAAUACAUUGCUUUUUUAUCCCCCACUGUACGUCAGGUAAUUUUUCAAACACCAUUGUAUAUUUUGUGAAUUAAAACUAGCCAUUUGAAAAACUGAAAUAGGCCCAUUCUUUGAGAGGAAAGAGGCACUUGGCAAUCAAUUGUUCAAUAAACACCAACAUUUCUGAGUAAACGA